GUAUUAACCACUUCAUGGUUGACUGAACGUUAAAGAAUCACCCUGAAAAAUAGGGUGGAGGUGGGGGGUUCGGAAAUUUCCGGUUCAAUAUGUCACUAACAGGAUAAUCUUUUCUUUUAAUCAUAUAAACGGGUAUAUUUCAUAACCCGAAAAUGGAACCAGAGGCUAAAACUUUCUCCACCUCGUCUUCCCAACCUCACCUUUAACACCCAUCCCUAUCAUCAAGCAGAUAAGAGAAACAAGAGGAACAAACGACUACACUAUACACACCAAACAACAUAUAAAAACCCCUUAUCAAGAAAUAAACCGGCCAAAAAAGUUCAAAAAAGAGACAAAAAGAAAGAAAGAAAUAAUGGGCGUCCGACCCAAAGGUCUCCACAUCAAGCACCUAACGGAGCUAGAGCGCUUCCGCGUCCGGACUCUCUACUUCGACGCCGGCAUGAGCAAGCCGCGCAUCAAGCAAGUCACCGGCUACUCAACCAGCCAGAUCCGCACCGCCGUCCACGCCGAAACCGCGGCCGUGGCCCCGCGUUCAGGGAGGCCCAAAAGAGGCCCCAACGGCGAAACCCCAGCAAAGAAGCAGAAAGCCAGCGCCGGUCCCUCCUCACAGGACACAGUCAUGGAGGAAUCGCCCGUAGCACAGGGUGAUAACACAGCCCAGGCCUCCAAUAGACCGCCUUCACCUGACGUAUCCCUGCAGCUCAUCCAGAAAAUGCUAGAGCAACAAUCUACUUCCCCCUCUCUCCCAACUAGUCCCGCACCCCCUUCCUCAUCUGCUACUCCCUCUAUGUCGUAUUCUUAAUCACCCCCUCUGUCCCCUUCUCUAUAUAUAUCGAGAAUGAAUUUAUUAGGUAUCUAUAUACCUGCGCCACUAGAGCUAUGUUGAUGGAAAUGUUUUGGGGAUGUGGUGGAUUCUAGUCCUGAUAGUACGAAUGACGGCGACGGUAAUAGUUUGUAUGUAUUGGUGUAUUGGUAGAACCCGAGAGCAAGCGUUAAGAAGCUACAUUGAUUUAUUUAUUUAGGAAUCAUUUCAAACUACGGUAAAUUGAAAUUCGGAGAACGAAUCAUGACCUUACUUAUCUAUGGCCAGGAUAUUCACCAUCUCG